AGCUAGAUGGCUUAAACGUCAGGCUAUUUGUUCUGAACAGCCAGGUACAGAAUUGGAUUCAGGCUGUAGAGAGAAAGCUGUUGGGAAUGGCUAACUCUCUAAGGAGAAGAGGUUGCUGUUUACUGAUGGAUGGAGUAUUUCAGAAGCAGUGAAGCCAGGUCAUCCAUUUCGUCUUUUAAUGUGUCAUGUGAUUCUUCUGGGAGCUGCUGCUUGAGUGGAGAUGCUCUCAGUCGUGGAGAAUGGACUGGACCCCCGGGCUGCCAUCCCGGUCAUCAAGAAGAAGCUAGUGGGCUCCGUGAAGGCAUUGCAGAAGCAGUACGUGUCCUCGGACACGGUGGUCACGAGCGAAGACGGGGAUGCCAACGCCAUGUGCAGCGCCCUGGAGGCUGUCUUCAUCCACGGCCUGCACGCCAAGCACAUCCGGGCGGAGGCCGGAGGGAAAAGGAAGAAAAAUGCCCACCAGAAGCCACUGCCCCAGCCUGUCUUCUGGCCCCUCCUGAAAGCUGUCACCCACAAACACAUCAUCUCGGAACUGGAGCAUCUGAUCUUUGUCAGCACGGAUGUGGGCCGCUGCCGGGCCUGGCUGCGGCUGGCCCUCAAUGAUGGCCUGAUGGAGUGCUACCUGAAACUGCUCCUCCAGGAGCAGGCCCGGCUGUGCGAGUACUAUCAGCCCACAGCCCUGCUCCGGGACGCCGAGGAGGGCGAGUUCCUCCUCAGCUUCCUGCAGGGCCUGACAUCCCUGUCCUUCGAACUCUCCUACAAGUCUGCCAUCUUGAAUGAGUGGACGCUCACCCCGCUGGCCCUCUCUGGGCUCUGCCCACUCUCUGAGCUCGAUCCCCUCACUACCUCUAGUUCACAGCUACAGCGGAAGGAAUCCUUGGAUUCAAUUUCCCACUCCUCAGGCUCAGAGGACAUCGAAGUCCAGCACUCGGGCCAUAAGAUCCGGCGGAACAGGAAGCUCACUGCCUCGUCCCUCAGCCUGGACACGGCCAGUUCGUCCCAGCUCUCUUGCAGCCUCAACUCUGAUAGCUGCCUCCUCCAAGAGAAUGGCUCCAGGAGCCCAGACCGUUCCGAGGAGCCCAUGUCCUACGACUCAGACCUGGGGAUGGCAAAUGCCGAUGAUUCAGACCCAUCUCUGCAAGAGGUGUUGUCGGAAUUCAGCAAAGCCCAGGUAAACUCUGUGCCAGCCAAUGGACUGAGCCAAGAAACGGAGAUCCCCACGCUGCCAGCCUCACUCUCCCUCCACGGCCUUGACACCAGCACACCCCUGCACUUCGAUGUACCUGCAGAGCCCCUCCCCACCCAGGCAUCCCCUGGGACUCAAGAUGGUGGCCCCAAGCAGGAGCCGCUUUCCCAGGCACCUGGCCCCCUGGGCUGGCUGCAUCUGGGCACUACCCAAGCUGGCCCUUCGGGGAGCACUUCAGACCAGCAGCCUUCUAGUCCUGUGAGAGAGACGACCAGAGCCGUCGGCCAAGGGAGUAGCCAGCAGAAGCCUCCAGAGGAUGACGGACGUAGGCUGAGCCUUGUGGUUCCCUCACCCACCAGUCCGAAAAGCAAGAGCUGGAUCUCAGAAGACGACUUCUACCGGCCUCCCAGGGAGCAGCCCGCAGAGAGCCCUUCAGAUCCCGGUGGAGCUUCUCCCAGAGGGACUCCUGAGUUGAGGCCUGGUGUCCUCAGGCAUUUUUCUCAAGGGCCAAGAAGAAGCUGUUCCACGGAGGCCUUAGACAAAGCUUGUGUGCCUUUCGCAGGAAGCAGGAAAGGCCAGGCGGCCGCGGUGCGGGAGCACAAGCACUUCAGGGUGGUGCACCGCAGGCAGAUGGGGCUGUCCAACCCGUUCCGGGGUCUCAUGAAGCUGGGCACAGUGGAACGGCGGGGGGCGAUGGGCAUCUGGAAGGAACUCUUCUGCGAGCUCUCCCCGCUGGAGUUCCGCCUCUACCUGAGCGGCGAGGAGCACACCUGUGUGGAGAACUGCUCCCUGCUGCGCUGUGAGUCUGUGGGGCCGGCCCACAGUGACGGCCGCUUCGAGCUGGUCUUCUCUGGCAAGAAGCUGACCCUGCGAGCCUCCUCCCAGGAUGAAGCCGAGGACUGGCUGGACCGGGUGCGGGAGGCACUACAGAAGUGUCGGCCCCAGCAAGAGGAGGAGUGGGUGAACAUCCAGUACCCAGACCAGCCCGAAGACCCCCCAGAGGCCCCUCAGGGUGGCCACCCCUCCCACUCAGACCUGCCUUCGGAGGCUGAAACCCUCCAGGGCACGCAGUUGGACUGGUCCUCUUCUCAGAUUCCCGAGCCUGAUGCUAUUAAAGAAUCUCUGCUGUACCUGUACACGGAUAGGACCUGGAUGCCCUAUAUUUUCUCCCUGUCCUUGGAGUCUCUGAAAUGUUUCCGAGUGAGAAACAACGAGAAGAUGCUAAGUGACAGCCAUGGAGUCGAGACCAUCCGAGAUAUCCUGCCAGACACGAGCCUUGGGGGCCCAUCCUUCUUCAAAAUCAUCACGGCCAAGGCUGUCCUGAAGCUGCAGGCUGGGAAUGCUGAGGAGGCCGCCCUGUGGAGAGAUCUGGUGCGCAAGGUCCUGGCGUCCUACUUGGAGACAGCCCAGGAGGCAGUGACACUUGGCGGGAGUCUGGAUGAGAACUGUCAGGAGGUGCUGAAGUUCGCCACGCGGGAGAAUGGCUUCCUGCUGCAGUACCUGGUGGCCAUCCCCACGGAGAAAGGCCUCGACUCCCAGGGCUGCUUCUGUGCAGGCUGCUCCCGGCAGAUCGGCUUCUCGUUUGUACGACCCAAGCUCUGUGCCUUCUCUGGCCUCUAUUACUGUGACAUCUGCCACCAAGACGAUGCCUCAGUGAUCCCGGCCAGGAUCAUCCACAACUGGGACCUCACCAAGCGCCCGGUCUGCAGGCAGGCCCAGAAGUUCCUGACGCAGAUCCGGGCCCAGCCCCUCAUCAACCUGCAGCUGGUGAACGCAUCUCUGUAUGAGCACGUGGAACGGAUGCAUCUCAUCGGGAGAAGCCGGGAGCAGCUGAAGCUUUUGGGGGAUUACCUGGGUCUGUGCCGAAGCGGAGCCCUGAAGGAAUUAAGCAAGAGGCUCAACCACAGGAAUUAUCUCUUGGAGUCUCCUCACAAGUACAGUGUCGCUGACCUCCAGCAGAUUGCGGAGGGGGUGUAUGAAGGAUUCCUCAAGGCCCUGAUUGAAUUUGCCUCUCAGCACGUCUACCACUGCGACCUAUGCACCCAGCGAGGCUUCAUCUGCCAGAUCUGCCACCACCACGACAUCAUUUUCCCCUUUGAGUUUAACACCACAGUCAGGUGUGGCGAAUGCAAGACCGUCUUCCACCAGAGCUGCCAGGCCGUGGUAAGGAAGGGCUGCCCCCGCUGUGCCCGCCGGCGCAAGUACCAGGAACAGAGCACGCUCACCUAACCCGAUCUGCACUGGCCAGCAGCCUGGGGCUGCACCCUCAAGGUGCCACCCACCCAUAUCUCCCUUGUCUGGAAGACUCUUGGAUGUGACCAGAGCACGAGCCUAAGAGAGGGAGCCUCUGAAGCCCUUGAUGAUGCCCUCUGCCCCCCACCCAUCUGCUCCAGAAAGCCGGGACACCAGCAGAUGUCCCUUAUCCGAGGGUGCAGCAGGGAGGGGGCCUUGCACUAAUUGGGCCUCGGCUCCCCUCACUGACAUGGCAUCUCCUUCAGGGCUGUCCAAACACUGUGGAAACAAGACUUGGGGAGCAUUUUCAAUUCCACAUUCCUGAUUAAAAGGUCUAGUUUUUUAAGGUGGGUUUUUCCCCUUCAUAUUUCAACAGAAAAUAUUUUUUUAUUCUUAACCCUCCACAAGUCACCCAAGAAAUCCAGGCAUUCUCACCCCGAGCAAAUGUGCAGGAACUGCUCAGGCCUGGCCUGCAGGUGGGAGGUGGCUGGGUGGACAGGCCACCUGGGACAGAAAUCUCGCCCACUGGCGGGUGCCCUUCCUUUGUCCUCGCCAGGCACUUGCUGCCAACAGUUCAUGUGCAAUGUGCCAAACCGCCGUGGGGCCGGGCAGGCUCAGUCCUGAUGACCCCACCACCUCCUCCCUCUCCUCUCUGCUCCCCGCCUCCUCCUCACCCAAAAAGCCCAUCACUUUCUUCAUGUCAGAGCCCAGGCUCUCCUGUAGCUUGGGAUCUCAGUGCCGCAGGAGAAGGGAAAUGACUCGGAAGCAGCACUGUCAGCACUUGGAGCCUUCCUUGGUCCCAGGAGGGGUCAUCAUCUUGCCCACCCCUUGGCCUCUGCUUUUCUCACUCCUACCACCGACCAGCAGCCAGCUGGGCAAGGUGCUGCUGCAGACGCUCUUCGGGGACACAUCCCCGCCUGACUGACCCCCGCCAGGACAGAGGUAGGCUGGGCCCACAGAGAGGGCAGUGAGCCCAAGCCAGGGGCCGGCCUCGGGCAGCGUGACUGCCAGGCCCUACACUGUGGAACAGUGACCUCCAUCCUUCCACGAAGAGUGCCAGCCCUGCUGCUGAGAUGUGCAUGGACAUGCAGGAGAAGCCACCCUCUUGGAAGGAUGCUCAGCCUCAGUUUACAAAGCCAUGAAUUCACAAAGCUUGGCUGGACUGGCCCAGGAGGGGCACUGCCAGAGACUAGAAAAUUUCAUUGGAGCGCGAUUGCCUUUUGAAGGGAUCUUAGAGAGGGGUGGGAGCCUGGAAUUGUUUUCAAAGUGAUAUUGGAAACCUUGGGGUCUGGAGGGAAUCCAGGCAUGAUUUUUCUGUGGCCUUCCCCCACCUCUCCUGGACCCAGCAGACCGCCCUCAGCCCUGUGGUCCUCUGGCCAUCCUUUCUGCACUCAGCUUGGAUUGGGGGCCUCAGGUGGAGAUCCACCUUCAGUGUCAAGAGACGAACCUACUCCCACCUCUCCCUUGGGGUGAUUCUGCUGCUGAGUCACCUGCCCAGCCCUGUGGAGCUGGAUAAAUUGUGCAAUAGAAUAUAAAGGAGGUGGUAGUGUUACUGAGUCCAAACUCGUUCUGCUCGCCACAUGACAGGCCAAUAAAUCUGGAGACGAGGUGCUGGGGAAGGAAUAGCAACUAUUCGGAAAGCCUGCAGACCGAGAGGAUGGCAGACUAAUGUCUUGGAGAACCACCCUGCUCCAGUCAGAAUACGGGCUCCUUUUAUACAAAAAAAUAGGGGAGGGGAUGUGGUUGGUUGGUGCAAACUUCUUGCUGCAGGAAUUCUCUUUUCUUGCACUGGUCCAUGUGGGUCAGGCCAUGGGGUCCCUGUAAACCCCCAACAAAAAACAAAGGUUAUUCUCUAUUUUGCAACUUGCCAUCUCCACAUAAGUGCAGAAGUGCUAACAUCUUUAAAGGUCAGAGCCCUGGGAAUAGGCUCUCCUGUAUUUCAGGCUAAAGGCAACAUUGUUUUACAAGAAGUGCAGAGCUAGCAAGACUAAGCCUAGAAAGCAGGGCACAGUGGUUAAAACUAAAGGAACAGAUCCAAUAUGGAGUCAGAUUUGUUCUCUAUUACAGUAGGCAGAUGAGGGGGAGGGGACUGCCACACAGCUUCUCUGUCCCCAUCACGGAAUAUGGUGCACACCUGUGCCCAGCGCAUCAACUCUUCCUGAAGUGGAAGUGGAUCCUUAUCCCCACCCCCAUCCCCCACAGCCAGCAUUACCGCUGCACCACAAGCCCAGCCUGAUCAGAGCUGUACUUAGGCCGGAUCCCUGAGGGGGCCUGGGGUGGGUAGUGCUGCCUGAGCCCGGCCCUGUUUCUUUGGUCCUGUGAGUAUAUUCUGUAUUCCAGAAGGUGCCCUAGGAGGCAGUGGGAGUGAGGCCCUGGAGGAGCUCACUUUGGUCAGGCAGAGCCUGGCGCACCCCACUUCCCGCCCUCCCAGAGAUCUGGAGAUCUGUAGCAUUAGAGCUGACCCCCCCACACCCCCGUACCAAAAAGCUGCUAAUGUUUUCAAAUGAGUUGACUUUUACUCCCUCACCUCCAAUGGAAAGCUGAUGUGAACCUCAGUAGUGCCCACACUAUUUUAAAAUUUUCAUUUUAUGCAAUAAACCGUUUCUAGUGAGGGGCUCUGGCCCUGAGAAGUGCUUUGCAAUGUAUCGAAGGAAAUGCUGCUGUGUGAUUUUUGAAUGAUUUUGCAGUAAAGACCUGAUCUUUCUAA